AUGAAAAACACGGUGAAGCAAGAAUUUGGUAUCACCAACUCACAAUAUGGCGUGAUACAAUCGACGGUAUCUAUUGUAAACACUGUCCUCCCUGUGAUAGGCGGCAUUUUUGUGGAUGCAUUCGGCACCGUGCCUGGAUCCAUCAUCACGACGGUCUUGAUAACGUCUGGAAACACCCUGGUUGCCAUCUCAACAUCGUCUGCGAGCCUGCCCACCAUGAUCAUCGGUCGCAUUCUUUACGGCAUCGGCAGUGGCACUGUUGUCAUUGUCCAGGAAACCAUUCUGAGUCAAUGGUUCAAAGGACGUAGCCUUGCUGCCGUCAUGGCCUUGUUAUUGACCGUCAGUCGUCUGGCUUCGUUCUUGGCUCAGGCAACUGUCGUGCCUAUUGCUAACUGGACAGGCUGGUACGGCUAUGGUUUCUGGUUUUCAGCCUUCUUGUGUAUGGUUUCUUUCUUGUUCAACCUGGUGUAUAUCGGGCUACUGCGAACAGUGAAUCUGCCGACGAAUGGCUGUCAGCGACGGGUCAAGGCUAUUGAGAGAAAGAAAUCAUUCCGAUGGCACAAGUUGAUGUAUUUGCCACAUUCUUUCUGGCUGAUUGCUGCCAUGGAAUUCUUACUGGGCGGCUCCUGGGGUUGCUUUCUGCAUAUCAACAGUGAAUUUGUCAAGAUCCGUUUCGGUUAUAACAACGCACGUGCAGCUGCUACCGCUAGUACAGCUCAGAUUUUGCCUGUCAUCUUGAUGCCUUUCUUGGGCGUCUGCUUGGAUAAAUACGGAAAGCGUACUUGGAUGAUGAUUGGAAGUGGUGUAUGCAUGCUUGUAUCGCUCCUGCUGCUCGACUUUACCACCAUCCCACCCGUAGUCGGUAUGUUGAUCUUUAGCAUCAGUCUAUCGCUGGGUCCUGUGGGUCUUGUUUCAUCCGUGCCGAUCAUUCUCCCAUUGUCGCUUGUUGGCACCGGUAUGGGACUGAUCAAAUCAGGAACCAACAUUGGCAGUACCUUGUUCGACAUCACCACCGGUCUACUCCAGGAUGCAGAUCCGAACAAAGGAUACAAGAGUGUUGUGCUGUUUUUUAUUGCUAUUGCAGCGUUGGCUAUCGUUGCAGGUGUCAUACUUUGCAUAUUGGAUUAUUCAAUGUACAACCGUUUGUUGGAUCGAUCUGCACGGGAAGCCAUGUUGGAUGACGAGAACAAGAUGGCUAAUCCGCAACAACUCACAGAACUCAAGGCUAACUGGUUCUAUGGCGGAUCGUAUUUGGUGUUGGCAGCAGCGAGCUGGAUCAUGUUUGCGAAAUUUAUGCUGUUUUAA